AUGCAGCAAACUUGCGGCGAAAAGCGCCUUGAAGUUGGUGCCCAUGUCACUCCCAACGCCUUUGACAAGGAAGUCCAGGAUUCCGCGCGCCAUGAUGCACCAAGAAGUGGACUUAUCAGCUCAGAGUUCUGGAGCACAGGGAUGCCACGAAGCUCAGCAUCGCCAUUUGCAUUUGCAACCGUGUCUUCCCGGCAGCCGCCCAAGGAGGCAGACUUGAAGUCAGACUGGGCCAUAGUCGUCUUGGUGCUUCUUGGCCUGAGCUUCUUCACGUGUGUCUACGGUGUGCGCUUUCGCCGGCAGCUCUGGUACGUCUUCCUGCGGCAAGUUCGCUUGCGCUGGCGUGAUCGCAACGGCUUAGUUGCAGACUUGUGCCUCGGUCAUUGUGGCGUGAAGGUGAUGUUUCGGGACGAAAGCUAUUUGUCUUUGUAUUUUUGCAACAUUUAUUCACAGUAUGUUUAA